UUUACAAACGUUUCUCGUUGCUGAUCAAACGAUGAAGUUACAGAAGUCUCACCGAAACUGUGUAAACCACUUUUAGUAAAAGAGUCAAGUAUUAAGCAGAUUAUCAGACAUUUGAGCUGGCAACCCGUUCGAGCACAUGGCAGGGAAAGAUGGGUCUCCAUCGAUGCUACUGGAUGAAAUCUAUGGCGAGUUGGAUGAUGAUAUACUGGAUGACUUAGAGCCAUGCACGCCAGUCGAAGAUGAUGGAGGAAAAUCAACAGAUGGAGAUACAGAGAUGGACUGGUUGCGUGAAGCUGGCUUUGGCACUCUAGCUGACAGAUAUCAAGAGGGUAAGGUAGUGGAUCAGUUGUCGUUUGAAGAGGAGGUCUUCAUGACGCUGUCCAGGAAGCAGUCGGCUGCUGUGUGGCGUCGUGUGCACACCCUCAAUGCCACCGUUCGCAUACGGCAGCAGAAACACCACAUCCAUGUCAGGGACGUGUUCAACCCACAGGAAGAGAAAUGCCCUCCUGCGACACCAACGACUCCUGUCCGAGUGCAGGAUGGGGUAUUGUCAGGGACUCCAAUCUCCUACAAACUUGAUGCGGAUCAAAAGAAGCAUGAAAAAACAUGGGGUAGCUUUUUUAAACACAAGGAUGCAGCUCUCUGUCCUGGAAUAUCAGAUAGCCUAUCAGGCAUAAUACCAUUGAGCAUCGCAACAGCAGGCACCGAUUUCUCAGACUUCCCUCUGCCUUCCAUAUCAGAAUCCGACAUAGCUUUUGACAUCACAGGUGGUUUCCUGGAGAAUAAAACAGAAGAAUCUGGGUUUGGCAGUAAACCAGGAGAUUCCAAUGAUGAUCUUCCAAGUGAUGAUCUACAUAAUAUUUAUCUACUGCCAGAACCAUUAGGGGUUACUAGAGUGGGAUACCUUGGACCUAGCGACAUGAAGCGAGUGCAAACCUUGGCGCUUAUUGAGUUGACAGCACUGUUUGACCAGUACAAUAUAUCCUACUGCCACAUCAAGAAAAAACGACACAGAAAUAAAGAUUCUAUUCUGUUUGGAGUACCUCUGACAACCAUAGUUGAGCGAGACCAAAGAAAACAACCAGAUAUCAAAGUACCUCUCGUUCUAAAUGAGAUGACACAGUUUCUGGAGGCAAAUGGAAUUCGAGAAGAAGGAAUCCUGAGAGUUCCAGGCUCUGCAGUGAGGACAAGGCAAUUAAAAAGCGAGCUGGAAUCCAGUCAUACUAAUGGCGAUGUGCAAUGGAGUUCAUAUGGAUGGUCAGAUGUUGCUGGUCUACUGAAGAAGUGGCUCAGAGAACUGCCAGUGCCACUCCUAACAUAUGAAUAUGUACAGGCAUUUGCUGCUGUGCAGACAAUCCCUAUAAAAAAGCAGCAAGUGCAAGCUCUCAACUUUCUCAUGCUCGUGUUGCCCAAGGUGCACAGGGACACACUCAAGCAUUUACUGGAGUUCUUUGAAAAGAUUGUCGCCGAAGAGAAAUCUAACAAGAUGGGUCUCAACAACGUGGCUAUGAUCAUCGCACCAAACCUCUUCCUCAUUAAUUCAGUGCCAUCAAAAAGUGUCAAGUCACCCUACUCUGAAUUGCAUAUGGCGGCUGGAACGUCCACUGUUGUGAAACUGAUGAUCAAAUACCACAACCUCUUGUGGACGAUUCCACCUUUCUUGAUCAAGCAAGUCAGGUAUCAGACCAAGCAAGAGAUGAACAAGCGAAACCUAUCUGCACCAUUAUUUCGACAGCGGAGGAAUAAAGUAGACUAUUAUAAGAAAGCAGAAGAUGAGGCAAUUAAGAAUGUGAUGGAAGUUGUAGUGGAGUCGCCUGCAUGUUGCCAUUGCCGCACAACCGUGCAUGUGGCUGUGAAACAUACAAAGGACCAUACAACGGUUGCCUCAGUCUUGAAGAAACUGUGUGAUUCGACUGUGAGGAGAGAUGACUGCACUGAACAUGCAAUGUAUGAAGUUGGAGGAAAUAUUGAUUUUCGACGACUGGAACCAGACACUGGACUGCAGAAACUCUUUUUAGAGAACCCAAUGGCCAAAUGGGAGGUUCGAUGUCUUUGUCCUCCAUUGUGUGAGAAGCUGUGAUGUCAAUAAACCUCUGUUGGGAUGUCGAGUGGAUAUGUGCUCGAAUGCAGUGUAUGCCAAUAUAGAUUCUUCUUCUGGCAGUUAGUAACGAGGGACGAGAUUACUAAAGGGAAAGUAUCAGGUUUAUAAUGCAGAAAGCUCAUAGCUAAUGAAGUCAUGAGCAUGGCAGCUAUAUGCUAAGGAACUGUAUCAGCCACGUCUACGAAGAGCUUUAACGUGCGAACUAUUAGCAGGGCAUCAUGAAUUAUAUAUACUGCUUUCAGGUGGUGUUGAAAUAAUGUUAGUGUCAACGAUCGCCUAUAAAAUUAAAAGUGAUCACAUUUUCUAGUGCAAUCAAGUCUUUUACAGUGGCAAUUUUUUACUAAGUAAAGCUAUUCAUUAGUCAUUCUCCCACUGCUUUUGCUAGAAGCAUACCAGCAGUAUAGCUGACAGUGUCUAUGUCCCCCAGGGUACUGCCGGAACGUACCCUGGUACUAUCUAAUAUGCCGGACCGUACCUCGCCUACU